AUGAGGAUGCUUGCCUACGGCAGUCCAGCUGAUUCGUUCGACGACACAUACCGCAUGGCCGAGUCAACAGUUCUUGAGACUGUGAAGCAAUUUGCAAGAACCGUCAUUGCUGUUUAUGAGUCUGAUUUCUUGAGGCCACCGACUGCAAGCGAGCUUGAGACAAUUUUACGAGUCAAUGAAGCUAGAGGUUUUCCUGGGAUGAUCGGCAGCAUUGACUGUAUGCAUUGGGAAUGGUCCAACUGCCCGACUGCGUGGCAUGGCCAGUACAAGGGGCACAAAGGCAAACCGACCAUAAUUCUGGAGGCUGUUGCUACACAGGACUUGCGCAUCUGGCAUGCAUAUUUCGGAUUGCCUGGGUCCCAUAAUGACAUUAAUGUGCUUCAUAGGUCCCCGGUGUUUUACGACCUCGUUGAAGGACGAAGACCGCAAUUUGAGUUUGAUGUUAAUGGGAACAAGUACAACAUGUGUUACUAUCUUGCCGACGGAAUAUACCCUGAUUGGGCGACGUUGCCAGAGAAUCUGACUAUGAACCUCGUGAUAACAAUGGAAUUUCAGUCCAAGAAAUGGGCAGCUGCUGGCAGUUCAGAGGUGGGAGGCCUACAUAAAUGUGAUAUGCUCCGCUUGACUCUUCGUUCAGAGGAAGGCUGUGUUUAG